GUCAAAUCGGGCCUAUCAUAUUAUGUGUUUUAUUGCAGCAAUUUUUUUAUUUGUAUUUAUCGUAUUAUAAUCUUGAAACCGCAAUUUUGUCAUUGAGAUUUUAAUUAAAAAUGUACACCGAAGUAGAUGUGUUUGUUGGUAAUUACACUCUUAUAGAUCCAGAAAUAUAUCAACUUUGGAUUGAAGGCUGCUCGUCCAGUGAAGCUGUGUCAACAUUACAUCAGCGUAAUGUUGCUAAGCAGACAGGAGCUUCUGUGGAACUCAUAGCCAGUGAUGUUCUUGAUCAUUACAGAACUUUCGCCCUGUUGGAGCGUUUGCUAACAGUUCCAUCGAAGCUAUCGGAACAAAUGAUCUUUCAAAUUGAUGAGCCGACAAAACAAAUGCUGAUAGAGAAGUACUAUGACUUGGACGAUGCUGUGAUAAGGGAGUUACUAGGAAGGAAGCUGUCUUCUAGACACAGGAAAGACUUGGACGAGGUGGCGGAGCGGUCGGGCGCGCCGCUGCGCUGCUGCCGGCGGCAGUUCGACAACGUGCGGCGCGUGUUCAAGGCGGUGGAGGAGAUGCCCGGCAACGUCGUCACCAACGUGCGCAACACGUUCCUGCUCUCCGAACCGCUCGCCAAGAAGUACGGCGCGGUGGUGUUCAUAGCGUGCAUGAGGUUCGAGACGGCCAAACGGAAGUUGCAAUAUUUGUCAUUCAACGACUUCUACCACUGUGCACAGGCUAUAAUGGGUAGUUGGACGUACAGUUGUACUGGGCCCGAGUAUUACGACACUGAGAUGGACCGCGAGUUCCUGCUCGAGCUGAGGGAGCUCAGGAUACUGCUGGACAAGGAGAAGGAGCACAAACAUUUAAUAUGUAUGCGCUUGAAACCGAAACUUCUGGAGAAAUCUUAUCAGGAGCUGGAGCUGAAUUUCAGAUUAUACACCCGCGCGCUAGUCGGCCUCGCUUGUAAUCUGCAUAGAGGCAGAGAGCUGAGGUCCUUGUUCAUAGAUCUACUAGAAAGAUGCGUGGAGCCACUACGCUUGGGUUGUUGGCCUAAAACGGACUUGGCGCAGUUUCUGUGUGCGUAUGAGCAAUGUGCGUUACAAAUGGACGUAUUAAGGGAGGCAGAUUUAAAGAGCGUGUGGGAGAGGUACAUGAGGGUGAUUAGUCAAUGUCUCCUGACUAUGUAUCAUAUAUAGAGAGCAUUAUAAACACCCAGUUGCCAAAUACCGGAUUAGAAAAUUGUUUUCCGCCUUCACAUAGCAUUAGUUACUUAAUACAUUGGCGCUUCGUCAAUUAUAACUUGUUAAUAAUUUAUUCAAUGUAAGUUUAAAACUUAUAAAAUAUAUGAAAAUUUA